CGCUCGAGUCGCCAGGCGACGGGUGGUUGUUGGAUCGCUAUACGAACUCGCGCUAAAAACUACUUAUAAACAAUUUAAUUUUGCAAAUUUGACCGCAAUAUCCGAACGCGCGUUCUACAUUUGAAUCUCAUUUUCGCGGUCACCGGUGACAUUCGGCCGUGUGUCAAAUUUUGUGAACGUUAUGUAGUUUUGGAAAAUCGCGCGUAUUUAUUUACUUAUUUUGAAGGACUGUUUACAAUUAUUUGUGACUUUUGAGUGGUGAUUUUAAUUAGUUGUUUAUUUUGUGUGCUGGAGUCUACGAAAAUGGAGAAAGGCGGUUCGAAAUUAAUGCAGAUGCAGGCGCGGUUCCAACAGAAGCAAAUGCAAGAGCGAGAACUGAAAAUAGCUUCACUGUACGAGGCACAGCAGGCACGUGCGCUUACUCGCGUGCGUCACUCGCCCAGCGAGAGUCUCGUGCGGCGAUCGCCGAGCGAGAGUCUAUCCAGCCCGCCACAGCCACCUGUAACACAUCAGCCUGGCAAGGUCCGUCAAAUGUUCGAGGAGCGUCGAACCAAAGGCAUCGACAAGAGCUACCCCCUCCAACCAAUUCAGAACACAGAGCGCUCGCGCAAACCCCUUCCCAACGGGUUCGCCAAAGUGUCCAGUACCAGGGCCCAGAACGGGACGGAGCGGACGGAGCACAGGCAGAAUGGGACGAAGACGAGCAGUCGGGUGUCAGAAAAGAAGAGUGUGGCGCAUACGAGCAUCAGCUCGCAGAGUAUGAAGAAACAUCAUGUAAAGACAGAAGAGGUCAUAGACAGAUCAGGGGACCUCAACCACAACCAUCAGCCAGACCUGAAUGCUGUGAAGGAAGCUCUGAUAAGCAAUGGACUGGUACACGAAGUGGACGAAUUAGACGGGGACGGCAACAUGCUAGAGGACGAGACAUUUCCCGAGACGCUGGCACCGGUCACUCCGCGCGACGAGCCACCCGCCCGGCCUCCUAGAAGGAGUCCGAUGACAAAAACAACCCCCUCCACCACCACCAAACCAAAACCGGCUGCCGCGCCCGCCGCUCCACCCAGAAGAACCCCCAGUGGAAAUGCAUCGGAGAGCAAGAGCCAGGGCUCAAUGGCAAAUAGAGGUCCAAAACCAGCCACUGUAGGAAGUAGUACAAUAAAAAGCACGCCGAGGAGUUCUUUGCAAGUGAAACGCGUGCCAGCGGCGCAGUCUUCGACGGGCGCCGGCGUGCCAUGCAGCGUGUGCGGCCGCCGCUUCGCCGAGGACCGCCUCGCCAAGCAUGAGGACAUCUGCCGCAGGGCGCAAACCAAGAAGAGGAAACCUUUCGAUGCACUUAAGCAUAGACUCGCGGGCACGGAAGCGGAGCCGUUCAUAAGCAAACUGCGCAAGAGCAAUACGAGCAACGCUGCGCCCGCCAAGCCCAAGCCGUUGAACAGUAGCUGGAGGAAGAAGCACGAAGAGUUUAUCCAGGCCAUCCGAGCUGCCAAGCAGGUUCAGCAACAUCUAGCUGCUGGAGGCAAACUAAGCGAUCUCCCGCCACCCCCGCCUUCAGAGAACCCCGACUACGUGCAGUGCCCGCACUGCAGCCGCCGCUUCAACCAGGCUGCGGCCGAACGCCACAUCCCCAAGUGUGCCUCCUUCCAGUUCAACAAACCCAAGCCCGGCCAGGGCAAGCCCAGCAACUCCAAGCGCCGGUAACACAGCCGGGGAACUUAGGAUACUGCUCACUAUGGAACUUAUGGGCGGUGAUUUCAAACCGCGUGUUUAUAAACGAGAUAAUCCUUCUAACUUUGGAUAAGCCAGUUUCAACGGGUCCAAAACAGGACAGAUCCUAACAAGUUUACCUAAUUACCGACGAAGACUCUUAGACAUUUAUUGUCGCAAAUUGCUGUUCACUUUCUAACAAAGAAUUAACAACAAAUAAUUAGUAUUUUGUAUGUUUAGCUUGCUAGUUCCUAAAGGACAUUCGAUCUCAAGCACAAUGUCACCUAUUCCAGAAAGAUAACGAUUUAUUAACGAAUUAUAUUUUUACUUUUACAAGAUUUUGCGUAUACUCCAGUAUUGGAUUAAAACAACCAGGUUUUUUCACUUUUUACCAUUAAUUCAGAACAAAUACCUGUUAACCUAACAUGUCUUUACAAAACCGGGCAUGAAAACUUAAAAUAUUAGGGACCAAUUUAGAUAUUUAAAAUUCAUAAUUAUUAUUUUUGCCAUACGAAUAUUGGGACCUAAUAUUUAAGAGGAAUUCUUAAAAUCUCGACGAUUAUUUUUAGCUAUUAACGUAAUGUUAACAGUGAGAUUUUUAUAAUAAAUAUUUUUUGGCCUUGACACAGUCAGUGCUGUGAUGGGACAAAAUGUAAUUGUUCAAAAUGAGUUAGUACCUACGUGAAAAUUUUGCUUUUUUGAUGUUAACAUACUGUUAGACCCAUUAAAAUAUACUUUAUUAA